CGUGUGGGCGUUUGUUUUUUAGAUCAGUCGUAAAUCUCAGCUACUUUGUGAGCUGGGAGAGCAUUUUGUUGUCAUCAGGAGAUGAUUGAACGCAAAUGGUCAGGAAUAUAAUAUGCCUGGAAAACAGUGAUUUCUCACACAAAAAUACUGUGAGUCGGUGGAUAGCUUAGUUUUAUACGAGGAAAAAGAGUUCCAGGAGAGAGAAGACGCCGUGCCUCCUGGAGCCCGGAGAUGCAUUCCCCGCAGAGCCAGCCGUGCCUCGGCACCGAGUCCCUCUGCCAGCCUGCGCGUCCAUGAGGACCGCAGCCGAAAUUCAUGGAACGAGCCGACCCAUCCGGUCACUUAAGCGAGUCAAACCUGUAAACCCUGUAACCGUGGACCAUGUCUGUGUCGGCGGUUCUGGCAAAGGCCCUGUUCGAUAACCCAUCUGAAAGCCCAGAGGAGCUGGCUUUCCGCAAGGGGGACAUUCUGAUGGUUCUGGAUCAGGAGAAGACCAUUGGACCGGGGUGGUGGGUUUGCUCCCUGCACGGCAGGCAGGGCAUUGCCCCCGCCAACCGCCUUCGACUCUUGCAACCCGCCUCCCCCGCCGGCUCGGACUCCUGCACCGUCCUGAAUCGGAUGGCUGUGAGCACAGAUGACCUCGACGGGGUGUAUCACUCCCCGCCGCCUGCGGGAGCGCCCUCGAGGACCGGAGAACUGCGCAGGGUGGAGGGGGGCCGUCCACGUUCGCACUCCAGUUCUAGCGCUCGGCCUAAACCUGAUUGGGAUAUCGAGAGCCGUCCACGGUCGCCGUCUUUGAGAGGGCGAGGAACAGAAGGGAAGGGGUCCUUUUUUCAGAACCCUAUAAGUCCUAUUCCCUCUGCAGCGCGGCAGCCUGGAGGCAUCAUAGCAUCAGAAUCUGUCUAUCUGUCCCCCAGUGGAGUUCCAAAAGUGACUGAUGAACCAGAGGACUCGACCUAUCUGGUCCCCAGAGAAACACUACCAGCAGAGCAUUCAGAUGACUGUUACUUAGUCCCCAAAGGCACGCCUCUCGCCAGUGAUGACGUCUAUCAGUCUCCGGUAGGCGGAGCGGUUUCCAGUGUUUUCCUUUCUAACGGCUCCCCUGUUCCAAGUGGAUCUUCAAAGCCCAAAGACGGCAAGAGCGCUCCUGGGAUGUACCAGACGCCCACUCCUGUGGGAGCCAACCUGCACAGGCCACCGGCGACAGCUCUAGCUCACCAGCACCCAUCCCCGUUGACCCCCACCCAGGCGUCUCCUCAACCUCUGCUCAAAGGAGCUGCGCCGAAGCCCGCUGUCGCCAGAGGCAAACCGGGCCAGCCCUCCCACCGCGGAUCUCCUAUGCUGGUCAGAGCUGGACAAACCAGGGCUCCAGGAUCGCCCAGUUUUGUCCGCAAACCCCCGCCACCAGCCCCUCCAGUGAGAGGAGUGACUAGGAAAGAUACGCAGCAAGCAUCAGGAGAAGCUAACGGUGUACCGACGCCUACCGCUGUCAUACCGUCGACAACUCUGCAGCAGCAGGAGGACAACAAAGUAGGAACUAAACAUAAGGAAGAACCAAACGGACAGAGCAGUGACGGCAGGAAAGCAGACAACCUGGAGGUCUUAAAUGGUGUCGAUGACCAGGUUUACGACACGCCUCCCAGUGGCAAGUGGAAGCAAGCAGUCCCCCUUACUCACAAGGAAGACGACGGUAUCUAUGACACCCCUCGCAGCGUCCCGCCGCAAGCCGAGGCAGAGACCAAGGUAUACGAUGUCCCAACGAUCACCAUGUCUUUGCUAGACGUCAGGCCCAGUGAACCUGAAGAUGAAGUCUACAGCGUCCCGACCCUUCCAGGUUUGCCUCUUGGUUCUACAGAGUCCGCCAGCAACCAAUCCGGCGAGGACGUUCUCCAGAAUGGACAGAUCUCCUGCACCCCUGGACCUGAGAAACCGGCCAACGCUGGCGAUCUCAAGCAAGACUCCUGUGAGCCUGAUGGGGGCAUCUACGACACGCCUGCGCUGACUGUUGAACUUCUCCCUCAUUCGUCUUCCUCCUCCUCCACGUCCACCCGCCGCCUCUCUAUUUCCAGCAACGGCUCUGGUGACCUUCAGUGCAGGACCUCGCUAUGCAACCUCGUCCACUCCUUGCUGAGCACGACCUCGGGUCCCGCCGGCGCUCUGUCGUCACGAGACCUGGGCACCUCGUUGGCUGAGGUUCUGUCUACAUGGAAAGCCAGCCAUUUGGGGGACCCACCUCCUCCUCUACAGCAGGCCUGGGCCCGCCUGUCGGGGCUUCUCCCGUCGUUGACCGCCAUCGGUAACGCCCCGCCAUCCGAAGGCCUCUUGACACUCGUCCAGCGCUCUCUCGAAGAGAGCGCUCUCCUGUUGCAGGCGCAGGGCCGGCCUCGCCUGUCCUCUCAGGAGUCCCUGUCACGCAGGCCGUUGCCCGCACUCCCAGUGCCUGAUGGGAAGUCUUCUACCGGUGGAAUGGGCUCUCGCAAAAGUAGCUGGAUCCAGGAAAGGCCCCUGCCCCCAACGCCUCAGCCAGCCUUUUCCUUGCCUCCUUCUCUAGCUAGUGUGACGGUCACGGUGGGACGCGUGAACGGAGAGGACGACCCGAGCAGUGAGUAUGCAGGCAUUGGCUUGACUCCAGUCCCGGCGCCGGUACCCUCAGGAGACAGUGUUGGUUAUGUCAAGCUACAGGGUAAACCGGAGCCGUCGCCUGGUACCUUGACUGAGAUCGGACAGACACAAACCAUCAAUGGAGAACCAAGAGUAAAUCCACCAAUCACAGUCACCCCAUCCCCUCCUCUGCCAGUGUCCCUCUCGCUGGAGGACUCUGAGAUCUUGUCCUUUUACUCCGCUCAAAGUUUCGCGCACCUCUCCUGCCUGGCGGACGCCAUCGAAGUACUUUUUACCAGCGUUAAGACGAACCAGCCGCCUCGCAUCUUUGUCGCCAGAGGGAAGAGCCUCAUCGUGACCGCACACAAACUGGUGUUCAUCGGGGACACGCUAUCCCGCCUCCUCACGUCUGCCGACCUCCGAGCCAAGAUCACCACAUCAGGCGGGCACCUCUGCCAGGCUUUGAAGGCCGUCGUCGUGGCAACAAAAGGAGCGGCGCAAAACUACCCAUCGCUGUCGGCGAGCCAGGAGAUGGUGGACCGCGUCGCCGAGCUCUCCCAGCAAGCGGCCGGGUUCUCCACCCUGCUCCAGCGGCUGGCAGAAAUAUCCUCCUGAUAUAUAAAAGUGUUCGACUCUACACCUACACUUUCUCCCGUUCGAAUGCCUUAUUUGCCCGCCACUCUCCCUGGUGUUUGACUGGAAUCGAAGGUGUUUUGCCACGUUGAUGCUGGUACUAAUCCCGGUGUUGUGUCUGUCACAGCAGGUUUUGUUUCCAGAAUGACAGUUGUGCUUUGAUACCAGGAGUGUUACUUGAAAUCCCUUUGUGGUUGGAAGUGUCAGUCUUGGAGGUUUGCUUUGAAAAAUGCUCCCUUCACUCCUUCACUGCUUAUCAAUAAUUCUCUUUUCCUUAAAGUCCUCUUUUUCCAAAUCCAAAAAACCUUGCUGCUUUUUCUAAUAAAACCCAAACAUGGCCUUUUGUUGUCAACAUCAAGCGGCAUCUUGAGAUUUUUGUGCUUUUUUUUCCCUAACAAAGAACGUUCCCGAAUUCCUCGUUUUAUCUGAUUGCGUUUGUGUUCUCUAGAGCUAAUAUUGUUCAUUGUGUUGCUGCAGCUCUCAGUCUCUUAAAGGAGAUGACGAAACCUCCAAACUGAAAGAGUCAAGGAAAAGGGUGAGAAAAUCCUGAAGCUUUCCUCCACGAGAAACCCGUUGACCCAGUUCACCUGCCUCUACACGUCUCACUGUGACACGCGUCAUUAAAUCUUAGAUUUUUUUUUUUUUUCAUAACAAACUGUCAGUUACACUUUCUCAGGUCUACGUUGACCCUUUAAAGCAACCGGUCUGCCACUUGAACACAGAAAUUAAAGCACGACAUGCAUCAGUUGGCAUCUUUUAUUAAAGAUAAUCAUCAUUAA